CUGCACGCGCUGCGAUGACAACCUGCUAGAUGUCUCGCCGAGUAACAAAUUAAUCAUCAAGCAUGUAAAGAAGGAUAAGAGAGGAAUAGAUAGAUAGAUAGAAGAAACAUAGAAGUAACCUAACAGAAUAAGUGAUAAAAGCAAAGUUGUAAGAAGAGUCAGAUAAUUGACCUAAAUUGUCGUUUCUCUUAUUUACAGAGAAACAAAUUUGGUUAAUUCAUUUCGAUCGCCCUAACUCCAGGGAAAGAACAUCACAUUAUAAAACGACAAUUUCUGUCACAAGAUGAAAUUAAGAUUUGCAUUCAAAGCGGUGGUGUCCCCAAAGGAUAGCAAAUCUACGGUUGCGGCCAUAACCUCAAUCGCUACAGAAGAUGGGGAACAAUACGCUAUACCAGAUGAACUCAUCUAUGCAGAUUAUCACGGAGAAUUAACAAAGACGGAGAAUUUCAAAAAAGUAAAAGAAUCAUUAGGAAGGAGGCACGAUGAGUUGAAAAUAUGGAUAACGCUGACAAAAGAAUUGGAAAAGACAUACGUAGACGAAGAAGGAAAUAUCCAGUUUGGAGGAAAAUAUUUAAAACAAAUAGCGCGAGGACACACUGAAGAAAACUCAGAUUUGGCAAAAAUACUGGGAAAACUAGUGGAAAACUCAGAAAAAAAAGAAGAAGAGAAAAAUUUAAAACACAUUAUAGAUAAAUUUGUAUUAGGGAAAUUCAACCAUAAAACAUCCAAUGUUAAACAAUGGUUAGACACAUUCGAGAAGGAAUGUGGAAGAUUUAAUAUAGAAAAGGAUAAAACCAAAAUCGAAUUAUUGAGAGCAUUUUUAGACGGAACAUGCCAAGACUGGUACACUUCUACAGUAAUAAGAGGGGAACAUGAAGACGAUUGGCAGGGAUGGAAGCAAGAACUAAUAGAAACCUUCGCAAAUAAAGGAUGGAGUAGCAGAACAUAUGCUCACUAUUUUAAGUACAAGGAAGGCUCACUAAUACAAUAUGCAAUAAAGAAAGAACGACUAUUACUGGAAAUAAACAAGGACAUGGACGCGGAUACAAUGAUAGAUAGGAUUGCAUUUGGCUUACCAGAUUUCAUCAGAGAGAAAAUUGACAGGGAAGAAAUAAAAAAUACAAGAGAUUUAGUGAAUGAAUUACAGAAGCUUGAAGGAAUAACAGAUAAAAAGAAAACAUUUAGAAAAGAAGGCAAACCAGAAAACAGAGUUAAGAAUGAAGAAAGGAAACCAUGCAAAACAUGUGAGGAGAUGGAUAAAGGUGCAAGAUAUCACCCAGAAGAGAAAUGCUGGUUUAGACGAGAAGAAAAAGAGAAGCCAAAAGCCAUAGGAAGCAAUUCAGUAAUAGAAGUAGACCUAAGUACAGAGAAAAAAAACGAAUAGUCACACCAUUGAUCAAACUUAAAAUGCUAGUCGAGAAUCAGAUAGAGAUAAUGGGAACAUAUGACCCAGGCUCUCAAGUCUCCUUAAUAAACUCGAAAUGGAUAAAGAUAAAGGAUAAUAGAGAAGAUGUAA